AGUGGCAAAGCAGGAAAGGGGUGGGGGGUGGAUCUGGUACUUUAAAUACUGCAAAAGAAAUCUUGUAACAUCGCAGACAGAUGAAAGACGAUGAGCUGGUUUCACAUCACCAGGAGCAUCCGGAACAAGUGCAGAGUGUGGAUUGCAGAGUCUGUGGUGACAAAGCAUCAGGGUUCCAUUAUGGUGUACAUGCCUGUGAAGGCUGCAAGGGUUUUUUCCGGCGGACCCUCCGGAUGAGGCUCCAGUAUGAGUACUGUGAUCGCAACUGUAAGAUCCAAAAGAAGAAUCGAAACAAAUGUCAGUAUUGUCGGUUUAACAAGUGCCUGAGUCUUGGCAUGUCCCAUAAUGCUAUUAGGUUUGGACGGAUGCCGGAAGCAGAGAAAAGACGGCUUGUGCAGAGUCCUGUAGCUGGGGCAGGAGCCAGAGACACUCCUGCUGCUGACCUGGUUGACAUUUCUCAGAAAAUCCACUCUUCUUACAUGAGCACAUUUUCCAUGACAAAGAAAAGAGCAAGGGACAUCUUAACCGGCAGAAGUACCAUUUCGCCAUUUGUAAUACAUGACUUGGAUACCUUAUGGCAAGCAGAGCAAGGAAUUGUGUGGGAUCAAUUGCCCACCCAAGACCCACCAGGGACAGAGGUUGGAGUCCACGUAUUCUAUCGCUGCCAGUGCACUUCUGUGGAGACUGUACGUGCACUCACUGAUUUUGCCAAAAGUGUUCCAGGCUUCAGCACACUCUACCUCAAUGACCAGGUCACGUUGCUGAAGUAUGGGGUCCACGAGGCCAUCUUUUGCAUGCUGGCUUCGCUAAUGAACAAGGACGGGCUGCUAGUGGCUGGGGGACGUGGUUUCGUCACUCGGGAGUUCCUGCGCAGCCUUCGCCAUCCUUUUUGUCAUAUCAUGGAGCCCAAGUUCCACUUCGCCUCCAAGUUCAAUGCACUCGAGCUUAAUGACAAUGAUCUGGCACUUUUUGUAGCAGCCAUCAUCCUAUGCGGUGAUCGCCCUGGCCUCAUGAGUCCUUCCCAAGUAGAAGACAUCCAGGAGGGAAUUUUAGGUGCUCUCCGAAGUCACUUGCAGAUAUCUCACCCUGAUGCCCCGUUCCUCUUCCCCAAACUCCUGCAUAAGAUGGCUGACUUGCGUCAGUUAGUAACUGAGCAUGCAGAGCUUGUCCAGAGCAUCAAACGCACAGAAACCAGUGCAUCAUUACAUCCACUACUACAGGAGAUCUAUAGAGACAUGUAUUAAUGAUGUGUAUUUUGUAGUUGAAUGAAAAACCAUCAAACUGUAAAAUUACUGUUUGCUAGCAACCCUUCACUUGAUUAGAAGGUAGUAUGAUGCUUUUGGUAGUAUGAGGUUUUUGUGCAGCUAAACAACCAAAUAUAUAUAUAUAUAUAUAUAUAUAUAAAUAGCCCUGCACUCCUACCUAAACAUAAAUAAGGUGACACAUACUAGAUUCCUAGUUCAAAAAACAUGGUGCCUGGUGCUUGGCAAAUAGCAAAGUAACAAUAAUCUAAAAGUAGUAAAGCCAGCACUCACGGUCUUCAAAAGUGCUUAAUUUUUAUUUACAAAACGCCAAGAUGUCAACGUUUCAGUCCACCUCGUGGACUUUCCUCAGGACAAGCCUAUAUGCAUACUUUUAUUUUAUAUAUAGGCAUGUUUCCACUUAUGCACAUAAAAUAAUGUUACGGGUAUUGUCCGUUUUCAAUCUGACUUUUAGAUUAACCAGCUAACAUUUCAGAUUAUGCACCCUGGUUUGAUUCUAGUUGGGUUUUUCACCUCUGACUAAGGACUAUGUUAAAAACCCACAUUUGAGUAUGAAAGAAAA